AUGUUCUGGUGCAUGCUUUUUGUGGCUGCAUGUGGAUUUGCAGCAGCUUCACCGCCUGUCACCACAGAACUUGACAGACACUGGGAGCUAUGGAAAAAAAUGCACAAAAAAAUCUAUUCUCAGGAGGUAAAGCCUUUUUAACAGUGUGAAUUAUGUGUCAUUUGGUGAGAGCAUGCUGGUUUUUGCUUGUGUUAUGUUUUUUCCCAGAUUGAGGAGCUUGGUCGCAGGCGGAUAUGGGAACAGAACUUAGAAAUGAUUAAUGUCCAUAACCUGGAAGCCUCUCUGGGCUUGCACACUUAUGAGAUGGCAAUGAAUCAUCUUGGAGAUCUGGUGAGUAGGCCGUCACAUUUUUGAACAUUUGCACUAGCCUCUUGGGUUAUCGGUCCCAGUAUUAAGGUACAUGAGUUUUCUUCAUUUACAGACUAGUGAGGAAAUCGCUGCCACGCUGACAGGAACUGUUGUGCCCUCUGACCUGGAGAGAAGUUCUUCCAAAAGUAUAAAAGUCAAUAACUCUUUACCAGCAGCUCUAGACUGGAGGACUAAAGGUUUGGUGACUGCGGUUAAAAUGCAGGUAAGGUCACACUGCAUUGAAGCAUUGGCAAAUUUAAGACGCAAACUUCAUAUUUAAGAGGAUCCACACUUAACUUCUGUUUCUUUUUCUAUCUUUAAGGGUAUGUGUGGCUCUUGUUGGGCCUUCAGUGCAGUUGGAGCGCUUGAGGGGCAACUCAAGAAGACCACAGGCGUCCUAAUGUCUCUCAGCCCCCAGAACCUGGUGGACUGCUCCUUCAAAUUCGGCAAUCACGGAUGUUACGGUGGAUUCAUGUCAAACGCCUUCCAAUAUGUCAUCGAUAAUGACGGCAUAGAUUCAGACGCAGCCUACCCUUAUGUCGCCAGGGUGAGCUCCAUAAACUACUGUCAAUCACUGUGGUGCUAAACCUUAAGAAUGAAGUCUCACGAAUGUUGUUGUUGUUGUUGUUGUUGUUGUUGUUGUUUGCAGCGUGGACAGUGCAAGUAUGACCCAAAGAAUCGGGCUGCUAACUGCUCAGAUUAUGCCUUCUUACCAGAGGGAGAUGAAUUUGCUUUAAAAGCAGCUCUUGCUGACGUCGGCCCAAUCUCCAUAGCGAUUGACGCCUCAAGACCAAAGUUUGGAUUCUACCGCCGUGGUGAGUAUUACUUUCAGGCAGUAUUAAACUGUAAGGUGAUUUAGGAGAUGGGCUCUUUUAGUGAAUGAUUUACAACUUUUUCUAAUGGUGUGGCUUCACAGGUGUUUACAGGGAUCACACAUGCACCCACAAUGUGAACCAUGGUGUGCUGGCUGUGGGCUAUGGCACUGAGAGAGGACAGGACUACUGGCUGGUCAAAAACAGGUGACUUUUUCAAGAUAUCACAAAUAGCUUUAGGAUUUCAUCAACUUUUUUGAUUUGUUAAUUUUAAAGUCAUGAUUGUUUUCUUUUCUAGUUGGGGUGUAAAUUACGGAGAUGAAGGCUACAUCAAGAUGGCUCGCAACAGGAACAACCAGUGUGGCGUCGCCCUCUAUGCUUGUUACCCCAUCAUGUGA